AUGACAAAGCCCUCAGAUGUCCAAGAAAGCCGGCGCAUGGCAGCCACUCUCAGAUCAGCGUCUCUUAAUGACGCCACAGCGGUAUCUAAACUUGCCGCCCAUGUCUUCACAGUUACAUUCGGCCAUUCCGUCGAGCCACAUGAGCUCGAAGCAUUCCUCCAUGAGGCUUACAGCUUAGAAGCCAUUUCAAAAGACCUCAACGACCCAAAUAAAGACACCAUACUUGCAGUCGAUCCAGCCGGGGACAUUCUUGGCUUCGCAAUGCUCACCCGGGGCUCAUCGGACCCAUGCAUCGCAAGUCUCCACAGUACUGUUGAGCUGCAGAGGAUCUAUAUGUAUCCCAAGGCACAAGGCACAGGCGCUGCAAGACUCUUGGCAGACAGAUUGGAAAAUAUGGCUAGAGAACAAGGGUUCAAGCACAUUUGGUUGGGUGUCUGGGAAGAGAACCUCCGGGCGCAGAAGGCGUACGAAAAAUGGGGGUAUCAAGAAUGUGGUACCCAUGACUUUGCCAUUGGCUCGAUUGUUCAGACUGAUAACAUCAUGGUGAAGAAGCUUUGA